UCGCUGCCGCUGUUUUCGGCGGCAUUUCGGCGAUGGGUCUUUCUAAUCGGGCCCCGCACGUCCUAAAGCCGGCCCUGGCUGCAAGCACUCGAGGAUCUGUUGUUCAUGUUUUAUUUUGGGAGUUUCACAAACUCUGCAUGUUUUUCCUGGUCCUGCUUUUAGUAAACUUCCCUAUCAAGGAAUUGUGCCAUAUAGCACUGAAAACUUGUUUUGAGAUUCUCCAGGUCUGAACGAAUUCAUCAGCAGAAAAUGAAGGGUCCAAUUUCUUCUUCUUCUGUUUAAAACGCUGACUGUAUUGAAAGUGCCUGACAUUUCGUCGCCAUAGACCGUAUUUAAUCCCAGCUGUUCAGUAAUGACCAUAGUGUCCCUCUCUAGGAAACUAUUGGCUAAGGCCCUACUUUUCCCCAAGCUGGGACUUUCCCGUAUGCUGAGUAAACUGUUGUCAUUUGAGGAUCACUCUCCAUGCUUACAGUGUGGUGCUGAUUACCAGAUUACGGUAUGGCUCCAUGUGGCAGGGUCCUACACAGCAGUAGAGUAGUUGAGAUGUUUAUUUUCACUGAAAAUUGUAUCCACUUGCCCCAAAUGAAAUCAGUUACGCUUAAAAUCCCAGGUCUUUGACAGGAUAGCAAGCUUACUGCUGAUGUUCUUGUAUGUCUGGUUCGAGCGUCUCAUCAAUACCUUGUUCUUCCUGCCUGCUUAUUUAUUUAUUUAUUUAUUUAAUUUCAAAAUACUCAACUUGCACUCAAGAACGCAGCUCUUUGGGGAAGGAAGGUUAACAAGUUAUGGGAACUCUCAGCUCCAGGUCACUGACUUGAGCCUCACCCAAAUUUGUAGCCACCAAAAGGCCAUCAAAAUCUCAGAUAGUAAAAUGAGUGGACAGGGGCCCGUGAUAUAGAAACCCCCAUCAGACCUGAUUCUUGUUCAGUCUUAGCAGAGAGGCUACAGACAAAAAAUGAAACUGAACUAUUCUGACCGUUAGGCUGUGGCCAUCACCGUAAGUGGGAGAUUGAGACCCAUUGGCAUGGCUGGUUAGGCAAUCUUGUAUUGUUGCUAGCAAUGCUGCACCUAUUUGGACAAACAAGUUAUUUUAAUUUCUGAACUCCAACAAAGGUAAAGACAUUGGAGAGGACAAUGCAGGGACAGAUACAACCAUGGUAAACUGAGCAGAUCUCCUUGGGAAGUUAAGUUAGAAGUCGUCUAACCUUGGCUGUGGUCCUUUCUAAUGUUGCAUUGCUCAAAGGACCACCAAGGACAUUUUGAAAUUUUUGCUGUAUGGUUUUCAACCCCUCAGUUUUACCCUAAAAUGGUUUCACAUCAGCUAAAACAAAUCUGAUCUGUAAAAUAAAAAGCAAGCAUUUGGAGAGAGAAAUACUUUAUAACUUGUCAAAAGCAGAGGGUGGCUGCAGGGAGCUGAUGGAAUUCAGGCAAAUGCAUCAGACGUGCCUGGGCAUGGGGAAUACUAAUACUUCAGACAGAUAAUAUGUAUUUUGCUCACACCCAGCUCAGACUCCAUUACUGCUCUCAGAGGCUGCAGGAUUUUCAGCUCUCAUCUGGUUAAUUCUCUGUAAACCAUUCACCAUGUUCCUCGCUCAAGCCUUGCUUGGUGGCGGGAGCAGUGGUGGAGGGGGCCUUGCAAGAGGCCUGGGAGGUCUUUUAGCAGGAGGUGGACAAGGAAGAGGGAAUCUUGGAGGACUCGUUGGAGGACUCGUCAACAUUAUCAGUGAGGUAGCAGCUCAGUACACCCCAGAGCCACCCCCAGCUCCUCGCAGCCACUUCAUGAAUGUGGAAGCUGGUGAGAGUGAGGAGAUCCGUCAAUUCCGCCGACUCUUUGUCCAGCUGGCCGGAGAUGACAUGGAAGUGUGCGCCACCAAGCUGAUGGACAUUCUGAACAAGGUGGUGGCCAGACAUAAAAACCUGAAGACAGAGGGCUUCAGCCUGGACACAUGCCGGAGCAUGGUGUCAGUCAUGGACAGUGACACAACCGGCAAGCUGGGCUUUGAGGAGUUUAAAUACCUGUGGAACAACAUCAAGAAGUGGCAGUGCGUGUACAAAGAACACUACUCCGACCAGUCGGGAAUUCUUGGGAGUGCUCAGCUGCCAGAUGCCUUCAAGGCUGCAGGGUUCCAGCUGAACGAACAGCUCUACCAGAUGAUCAUUCGCAGAUAUGCCGAUGAAAAUGGAAGCAUGGAUUUCAAUAACUUCAUCAGCUGCUUGGUGCGACUGGAUGGCAUGUUCCGUGCCUUCAAAUCCCUGGACCAAGAUGGAGACGGCCUGGUGAACAUGAACAUUCAAGAGUGGCUGCAGCUGACCAUGUACUCCUGAGAGAGCACACUGGAAUGGAAUACACUCCAACUGUGUGCUCUUGUUUAUACUGGUGUUAACUAACUGAAGCCUUUCUCCUUGUUCAAGGGCAACUGUUUUGUUGCUAUGAAAGAGCACGAAAUACUUUAAUGCUUAAAAAACCCUUAGUUUAUUGUGAAAUGUUAGUAGAAAAAACAGUGUACGUUUUACAGUUGUUUGGAUUGCUGAGGGGCUAGCAAAUGAAGCAUUUCUUGAGCUGUGCAAGACUCUGGGUGUGCGCGCACGCACAUGCAUAUGAGUACCUAUAAUAGAAAACUAGAUUUGGGUUCAAAAAGGAGAGAACGUUGAUGGGAAGAGUAGUGGUUAAGGCUUUCGUCUCGUAUAGCAUGUUGGGGACUGGUGGACGUAUACAUAUAAUACAGAAUACAUUUCUGAUUUUUUCUUAAGAUUGGGGUUGUUCUUGAUGACUGUUUUGAUUUUUAUGUGUUAUCUAUCAGUGCUUAUUUUGCUGGAGGCAGAAGCUGUGCUUGCCUGUAGGGAAAUUGCUAGUAAAUAGAGGUGUAUUGAUUUCUAAUUUGUAAGGAAUUAUUUGUAAUGGGGAAAAUAAAUUGGAGUUGUAAUUAUUAUAAUAAUCAGUGGAUUUUGAGAGACAAACUAAAUCUCUCCUCUUUCCUACUUCUGCUGUCUCAUUGUUUUCAGCUGAAAUGUUUCCUGGGGACCUGGUGCUUGGUAUAUACUCUUUUUAUUCCUGCAGCCUACUCACAAAUAUUUUUACUGUAAAGUGCAAUAAUCUGAGUAGUGUUAAAAUACAGAAUUGCCUGUCAAGAGGGCCGCUGAACUGCUGCGGUCACCUAUUAGACAGACGGACAAAUUCAGCCUUGGCUUAUCUCCAUUGAAGUGGAGUUUCCUCAGGGAUGAAUUUGACCCACAGUCUCCAACGACAGUAGUUCCAUUCAUGUCAGGGCAGAGAUGCUUGCCGUGGCGUUAAAAGGCAAGAAGCAGCAGGAACUGUAGAAGGUGUGCGCCUGCGGGUCAGAGUGUCCUUGGCUGCUUUAAAGCAAAAUUAUUUUACA